CUGGGCUGGGCUGGGCUGGGCUGUGCAAGUGGAGGAAGGCGCGCAUGGGCCCAAUCAACUGAAAAAAUAAGAUGAGCCCAGCCCAUGCUUCUCUCCUAGGGUACGCGGCGGCCCUCCCGUAUAAAAUCCGCGCUCGUCUCUCUCGCCUCCUCCCCUCCGCCGCCGCCGCAGCCACACCCGCCGGCCAAGAUGAAGACCAUCCUGGCUUCCGAGACGAUGGACAUCCCCGAGGAGGUCACCGUCAAGGUGGCGGCGAAGGUGGUCACGGUGGAGGGGCCGCGCGGCAAGCUUACCCGCAACUUCAAGCACCUCAACCUCGACUUCCAGCUGCAGGAGGGCGGCCGCAAGCUCAAGGUCGACGCCUGGUUCGGAACACGCCGCACCAUGGCCGCCAUCCGCACCGCCAUCUCCCACGUCCAGAACCUCAUCACCGGAGUCACCAAGGGAUACCGCUACAAGAUGCGAUUCGUCUACGCUCACUUCCCCAUCAACGCCUCCAUCACCAACGCCAACACCGCCAUUGAGAUCAGGAACUUCCUAGGAGAGAAGAAGGUGAGGAAGGUUGACAUGCUUGAAGGUGUGACCAUCCUGCGUUCUGAGAAGGUCAAGGAUGAGCUCAUUCUUGAUGGCAAUGAUAUCGAGCUUGUCUCUCGCUCUGCUGCUCUCAUAAAUCAGAAAUGCCACGUGAAGAACAAGGAUAUCAGGAAGUUCUUGGAUGGUAUCUAUGUGAGUGACAAGGGCCCCAUCGCGGAGGAGCAGUGAGCUCUGUGUUGCUGCUAGGGAAGCCUGUGUUAGAGAGAAUUGGGGUCAUCAUUUUUGUGUUUUUUGGUCAGUCAAUUACAAACUUCACAAGUUCAUCAGUUUUGUACUGUUUUAGGAUGCUACGUAAUUGGAGAGGCGCUCCUAUGCUAUUGUCAUUGUUUGUGAGAGUAUCGUCUUCAAAUUCCCCACAUACCUCUUCCGUUCCUAGUUGACGCCUUGAUGGAAGAGUUUGAUGGGGACCCUAUUACCUACCUUGUUUUCAUGUCCU